AUGAAGAGGAAUCCUCAUAUAUAUCCAUCAUUACAAUAAAUUGGUAAUAAAUAAAGUGAUUUUUAAACAUUAAUACUUUAUUUGACAACAUAAAGACAUGGCAAAUUAAAGCCAAUAUUUGAUGUUUCAGAAAAUCCAAGUUGUUUGCUUGACUGUGAUUAAGAAAUUCCAUUUGAUUAUUUAAGAGAAUUGAAGUUAGAAUUCGAAGAGGAAUAUAAGGCAGCAAAAGAUGAAGUAAUGUUAAUAGGAUUAAGUAGUGAAGAUUAUGAUUGGGCAUAUAGAUUUUGCAUGAAUAGAAGAUUAAGUGUGAAUAAUGAUUAUCCUUUUUCAUUUUUAGUACCUAUGAUUGAUAUGAUAAAUCAUGGCAAGAAUAAAGCAAUCUUUGGUUUGGAAUAGGACAAUCAUCAACCAGAAGACUAUAUAUAAAAUAACUAUAUGAAAUACAAAUAUAUUUUGUAAAAUAAAUAUUGGUUUACUUAAGAGGAUUAGGAACUAAUAUAAAAUGUUAAACUAAAUGAAAGUGAAAGAUGUUCUAAGAUAUUAAAUAAAUUAUUAACAAAGUUAUUUUAAGAAUUACUCAGAACAAUCAGUUACUUAUCUGACAGAGCUAUUUUACAUCUUAUUAAUCAAAAUUUAUUUUUAGAUAACAAUUUACAUUCAUGA